GAGUGACAUGGGUGUGACUUUAUAUAGUGCGACGUGACAGACAGGUGUUCUGACUUGAACUCCGUUUAGAGGUUACAUUUUUCAAGAAAGUCAAAGAGCCAUUUUUUGAGGUGGUUUCAAAAUGAGCAGGUAUCCAUCACAGACCCCCAAGACCAAUAGCCCCAGCCUGGCAAUUGAAGACAGCAAGAGGAAAUCAACCCUUCUGAAGGACAACAGCUGGAUUAAAAGAAAUGACAAUGAGGAUGAGCCUGUCGACCAAGACCCAAACUUUGGCAGAAGUGUUUUGAGCCGUUACAAAUCCAAUGAAACUCUUGCAAGUUCAGCACCAGAGGAGCCAAAAACCCCCAAACCUAAAAGCACAUCAACAUCUGUGCAGGCGCUCACAAAAAGGUUCAGUGGAAGUCAGGAUGAGCUGAGCAGCAGCUCCCUCCCCUCCAACAGGACUACAUCUUCCUACACCAAAAGAUAUUCAAGUGUGAAGACAGACGAGCCCACCAAGACCACAACUACUACUACUGUCAUAGAGGAGCCAAAAACAAGCACUAAAACCACUACAGUGACUAAGAAUGGCAGUACCACUGAGACCACCAUCACCACAACCCAGGGCGUCAGGUCUCCUGUACUUAAAUCUCCAACCAUGACAGAGACAUUCACUGAGCGCGUCAAGUCUUCAAGCAAAGGGCCGCAGUACUCGGCCUACUCACCCACUAAAACAGUGGUGACAGAGAAAACUGUGAUCAGCACCAAAGACGCUGAGGACAAACUUUUUGACACACUCAUACCUUUCAAGGAUCACUCGAUCAAGAAUGAUUCCCCAAACACAGACAGUAAAACAACUGUCACUACAACCAAGACGGUUAGAAGCAGCACUGACACAAAGCCGCAGUACUCGGCCUACUCACCCACUAAAACAGUGGUGACAGAGAAAACUGUGAUCAGCACCAAAGACGCUGAGGACAAACUUUUUGACACACUCAUACCUUUCAAGGAUCACUCGAUCAAGAAUGAUUCCCCAAACACAGACAGUAAAACAACUGUCACUACAACCAAGACGGUUAGAAGCAGCACUGACACAAAGCCUGAGGACAAACUUUACGACACACUCAUUCCCAAGUCUGUCAAAAACGAUGUCACAGACAGCAAAACACCUGUGUCCAGUACUGAGACUGUGACUGUCAAAAGCAUCCUUAAUGGAGAUGGCAUUAAAACUACAACCACAACAAAGACUUCCAGCUUGACUGAGGAUGAACUGUAUGGCACCCUCCUGCCUAAGUCUCUCACAUCAAAUCAAUCCUCUCCUGUCAGAUCAAGCAUCACAAGGAAAGAGAUUGUUACAGUGGAUAGCAGCAAAGGAGAAGAAAGCCCAACUCUGAAAUCACCUUCCUCCACACAUACCAUCAGCAACAACUACAGUAGCAACCAAAAAACCUACUCCUAUUCCAGACCAGACUCCAGUUACGAGUACACCAGCAUCACCAGUCCCACUGUUUACACCACAACAUCAUACAGGAGUAGCAGCAGGUCGGAUGACACUGAUCCAAUCUACUCUAAAUCUUCCAUGAAAAGUGUCUAUGGAUCCUCUGAAAGACUUGAGAAAGAUCUGUGCACCGUCUGCCAUAAGCCCUUCGCCGGAGAAGCCAAGAUGGUCCUGGAUGACAUGAAGAUCAAAAGCCAUGCUACCUGUUUUAAAUGUGAUGUGUGCAGCAGUACUCUGGGUAAUCUGAAAGCUGGAGACAGCAUGUGGAUCUACAAACGCAUGGUGCACUGUGAGAACUGCUUUGAGAUCACCAGAGAUAAAUGGAGACGCUGAACCUCUGUAAAGAUCAUGCGGAUUAUUCCAUCAUGAUGGUGUGGGUGACAAGGGCUCCUAUAGACUUACAUUAUAAUAAGCCGACACAUCUUUAGGUGGGUGUUUUGACAAAUGACAGACAUGUGAUAUAUAGUGAAUAUGUUGUAAAAGAAAAAUGCUGUAACUGUGUUAUGUCAUUACUGUAUCUGUAUCUACCUCUACACACUAAAUCAGUUCUUAUAUUCUCUUUGGCCUGCAGCUUUUCGGGGACUCUUGUAAUCAAAUGAUAGCAGAUAUUACUAUACUGAGGGCCGGGGGCUUUUUCUUUGUGCAAUAAAGGCUAUAAAAAUUUCUUUGUCUAAAAUAAAAAUGAAUAAAAACAUUCCAGUUCUUGAAGUGUAUCUUUAAAAAGAUAACAGGAUAAUAAAGUAAUGUCUUUAUCAUUGUUUGGCA